UGACGGCACCUAGGUAAACUGUCCGCACAAUCACACUCGUGUCCGGCAAGCGAGCAAGUGAGGACCACCACUGCAGAACGGACCACUGUCUGCACACGCGCACCGGCCGCUGCCAAGCCUCGCCGCCGGCCUAGCGCGUUUUGUUUUUGUUUUGUUCCGUUUUUUUCUCUCUCUCGUGACGCGACGACCCUGGAUUUGUGACCGUCGGUAUCUCUCCCACUGAACUCCUCUCCCAACCAACCACAACAGUCGAUGUAUUCGCAGAGGCAACGUCACUUCUCAACGAGCGACUCCAAUAACAGGUUCGCCAUGAUGACGAGAGCAGCGGUGUUCCUGUGGCUGCUGGGCGCGUCGCUGGCGGCGUCCCCGUCCUCUUCCUCGUCGCAGUCAUCUUCGACGAACUCGGCGUCUCCGUCUUCUUCGUCCACAUCCGUUGUGUCAUCGUCCAGUUCGACGUCGACCAAGAGGGACGACUUCAGCGCCGCCGCGUCCUCCAGCCACCCGGUCUACUCGCCCUCGGUCGGCUCCCCGUCCUCCGUGUACGGAGCGUCCUCGCCGUACGGCACUUCCGCUUCCGGUUACACCGGAGCCGGAUCCGGAGGCUACGGCUCUGCGGGUGGCUCGGCGGGCGCCUACGAAGCGGCUGCGUCGAGCAACACCUACCACAGCCAGGCGAGCCCCAAUAGCAACCUGUACUACUACUACUAUCCAGUAUCGAAGAACAGCGGCCAGCAAGCCUCUAGCGCAUCGGACGCCGAAUACCAGGCGAGUGCGGCGCAGAACUACGCGGGCGUAUCGGCUCCCGGCAGCGGCUCGUCGGGCUCGUCGUCUUCGUCGGGUGCGUACGACCAGGCGGCGAGCGCCUCUUCUUCCUCGGGCUACGGUGCCUCGGCCGACGGGGGUCCUUCCUCGUCGGGCUACGAGCACGACUCGAGCGCGGCGGCGGCCGCCUACAACGCGGCCGCGGCCGCCAGCUACCAGCAGCAGCUGCAGGCGUACGCCGCACAGGGUGGAGGGCACUACGGACCCAGCGCGGCGCAGUACGCUCACCUGAGCCAAUUGGCGCAGCAGUACGGACCCCAACUGGCGGCCGCCCAGCAGUACUCCCAGUACGCCCAGCCCGGUACCGGGCAUUACGGCGGAGGUGGUGGAGGCGGAGGAUCCUACCCGUCGCCGUCUUUCCAGGGAAGCUACGACACAUCCAAGAGGUACUACGGCCUGGGCUCGGUGAUCAUGCCCCUGCUGGCGCUGGCGGGCUUGGGCCUGCUCAUCCCCACGGUGACCAGCCUGAGCGGAAAGAAGAAGCGCUCCAUUGACGACGCCAGCCGUGCGCACCUGGGCGACUACGCCGAGCGGCUGGAGCGCUACUUCAAGAUCUACCGGGCCGCCGUCGAGAGCGAAGAGUGCAUGAACCGCAUCGUGUGCGAGCUGGGAGACGCCGUCAGCAACGUGCGCGGAAAGUCGGCGCUGCUCACGGUGAUGGAGAAGUUCGCACCCGGCUGGAUGAACAACAAGAUCGGCGUGUUCAAGUCCGCGGCCCUGACCGUCGACACGACCAAGUGCUCCCGCUACAAGUGCUGAACGCCGCCGUUUGGCGGCGCAGAGAUCGACCCUAUAAGCAUCACGCAGCCCACCACACCACACCGAUGACGACGACGACAAAGACAAAAGCACGACCACCCUCCGAGCGUUAACGGACGAAGGCAGAAA